CGCAGGUCAGUGGCAGAGACAAGUCUGUCCACUCUCACCUCCACUCCGUCAUGGGCGAAAGUACACCGGUGCCCAAGCCCUCUGGGUCGAAGAAUGCUACGAAACCUCGCAAGCGUUUUGUCGGCAGCAAGUCUGCUACUCCGUCCAAGCCAGGCGUUUCCCCGGGUAUCGCAACCCAGAUCCCCCAGGACAUCCUAAACGAUCUACCCACAAACUACUCCUUCGAGAUUCACAAAACAAUACAUCACGUAAGGAAGAAUAACGCAAAGAUGGUCGCCUUGCAGAUGCCCGAGGGACUGCAGAUGUUUGCAUGCACGAUCGCGGAUAUCAUUGAACGAUUCACGGAUGCGCUUACUGUGAUCAUGGGUGAUGUUACCUAUGGUGCAUGCUGCAUCGACGAUUAUACCGCUGUCGCUCUAGGCUGCGACAUGCUUGUGCAUUACGGUCAUAGCUGUCUCGACCUAUAUAUCUUCGUCGAAAUAGCUAUCGACUCCUCCCACUUGAUCCAGACGCUCCGCCUCAACUUCCCCACCGAUCGACGACGCUUCCACGAAGCUCUCCUGGACUCCGAGGAGACAGACAGACAGAUACCCGCAGGUCGGCCGUUGACGCAAAACAAUCAUCUCCGAAUAGAGGAAUCACACCCAGGGUCUUCCAUGAUACCUCAGGAGUCGACCAGGCUAGCUCUUGUUUCCACGAUUCAGUUUGUAGCGGCUUUGUCGCAGCUAAAGGACGACCUCACCACCGAGUACGCAGAAGAGUCUCCAUCGGACGGGACAGUCUUGCGUUGGGACGACCAAAGUAUGGACCGGAAAAUACGACGCAUCAUACCGCGCUCCAAGCCACUGCUGAACGAUGUCGACGCUCUCAUGUACUUACUGGGGGACGGUCGGUUCCACCUAGAAUCCAUCAUGAUCGCCAACCCUUCCGUCCGGCCUUCAGAUACGACCCCUAUCCAAGAAGUUCACUCGCGAACGGUACAUCACACCGAGAUGCGCACGUACGGGACGAAGCUGUCCAGCAGCGCGGCGCAGCAUACAAGCUUGCGCCUCUCCGGACAUGCGUCGCGCCACGCACCAAGGAGCGUCGAGCCUCCCUAUGGGGGUCGUCUCGGCACGCUGGGCCGCCAGGGCAGCUUCAAGCAGCUCCAGGCCAUCACACACCAGCUUAGCUCCUCGCGCACGCAGAUCCCCUAUAUGCCCAUCCUCCUCUCUGAACUUCACCCGCGAAGCUUGCCCUCUUCACCCCCCACAUUCCACCUUUGUGCAGACGUCCUGUCCACGCUGUCAAUAGAUUGGGGCUACGACGAAAAGAGGGAGGGAGGGAUAUACCCAAUGGACUUCUACGCAGCUGGUAGUCCUUGGGCGGUAGCACGGACGAAGGCGACAUACUGAACGAUCACA